GUAACCUCAGCAACUCCGUGCCAAGCAAUGGAGUCUCAUUUUCAAUAAAAAUCCGUGGUUAGUACGUAAAUGUGUUUUUGAGCGUGUUUAAAGUGACAAAAAGCUAUUUUUUUUUAUCAUCGAGUUGUGAUAGUGAGAGUUUUAAACGACUGUGAACAUCGUUCGAACGCAUUGCCGCAGAUCCCUAUUGGCAUGGAGCUGGGAGCGCACUGAUAGUGAUAGUCUAUGAGAUCUUGGUUUCUAUGCAUUGCCUGCCAAAGAAGAACUGAGCCCAAUGUUUCCACACAAUUCUAGUUCACAUGAGAUUUCUACCGAAACAAAUGCCUUCGUACAAAAUUCCAAGGGGGAUGUAGUAGUAUUAGAGGAAAGCAGUCUGAGUGGGGCGCGGGAAGGGGAACGACCAGAGCAUGCUAGGUACUGUGAUAUCGAAUUCAUAAACAGCAGCAUGAUGGCAGCACCUACCAGCCACCCCAAAGCUACCGCCGCCAAUGACUUCUUAACCGUCCUGCCACGCCAAUCUGGUGAGCUCAGCUUUGCCGAUGGAGGUGAGGCCUGCCAGUCAGUGGCACCAGAAACCACAAAAAAUCCAACAAAUCACCUUCUAACCUACGAUAAUAAUGAUAAAAUAAAUAACCACAACAAUGCAGAACAUAAUCAUCACAAGUACAGAAAGCAAAAUACACCGGGCUCGCUUGGUAAACUGGGCAGCUCAGCCGAUAACUCUAAGUCUACGUGUAAGCCGUUAAGUGAUAAUAAGGAUAGCUUUAGCGUUAUAAGCAUUAGGGUACUAAUGUUAAGUGUACGUUUAAAUGAUACGAUAGGCGUUGAUUGUUGUACCGCUGGGGUACCUAGCCUAGUUAGGAUACCCAAGUCUGAUUGCCCCCAGCGGCAGCUUUAUCGCGCCAACCUUGUCGACAAUUACUCCUUACUAGGGUCCCGCCUUCACCACGGCGAAAACAAUAACGUUAAGGCUAAUAUUAGGAUGAUAAGUAAUAAUAACUCAAAGUCUGUGAUAUUGCUCAGCUCAAAAAGUUACGGUGACUAUUACAAUCUAGAUGUUACUGGCGAUGGAUUCGUUGGUAUUAAUGCUGUUGGAAUCCCGGUUAUUUUAGUUGAUAAUGAUACGAUUAACGGUAACCGAUUGAAUCGUGUUAAUGCAAUUGGUGAAAUAUCAUCAGUAGUUACCAGUAAUAUGAUUGGUGGAAUUAACGCUAUUGGCCUUUACAAUCCAACAAUCGUCAAUCUAACGUCUAAUGUCCAGCAUUACAAUCAGAGUAUUUGUAAUAUGAUGAACGAUGCUUCCCAAUUAUCACACGAUUUCAAUGACAACAGGGAUAAAUCGGUACUGUUGUAUCGUGCUCACAAAUUAACGGCUAUGAAUAAUGCCAGUUCUUCCAUUACGCUUAUCGUUUCCAAAAACGAAUUCACCGACCACAUUAUUGAUAAUUUACAAUUUCUCAUUGAUGAUGAUAAUCUCACUCAAGUCCGAGCAUUGUCUCCUGUUACUUCUCAAUAUUAUCAACAAUUACUGUCGCACGUCACCGUUAACAAGCUGACGCAACGCAUAUGUGUUCCAUUAUUGAUUAAGAGUAAGGGUUACGAUAAAAACAACAACGUUGCUAAUAAUAGUGAUUAUUGUAACAUUAUUGAUGAUACUGAAGGGUCUGAUGAAAUGAUAUUUCGUCGUGUUAAUCACAAUGUUUAUUAUGAUGAAUACGAUGAUACAAAAACUACGAUGAAUAUUAAUGGUAACAAUAAUCCAGAUGUUAUCGAUGACAUUGUUAACGUCGCUGUGUGCUACAAGACUAGUUGUGUAAUGACUACUAAUGUUAGUAUGUUAGGGUCUCAAAAUGAUGGUAUUAGCGGUACCGAAGCAACAAUAUUUACUGUUGGUGCUCUUUCAUUUCAGGAUAACGAUAAGUCUAACAAGCCUCUAAAUGAUAGUUGUAAUAAUAAGUAUCAAGUGUCUACUAAGAUUGGUCUUGAAUCUAACUUUAACGUUAAGUCCGUAUCUAAGUCUACGCCGUGCGUUAAGUAUAGCGAUAAGUCUGAAACGUCUCAUCAAGCUCGACUUGACGUGUCUGAUGAACAGCGAGUUAAACGUGUCAGAUCACCUGUCAACAUUCCUACACUUACUACCUGCGAGCCUACGAUGACGCUUAAAAGCCAAUCAGCCACCGUCACAUCCCAAACUGAAACAGUACCUGUUACAUCUCGUGUCGUUAUCGAGAAAAUAUCCAAGAGCCUGAGCCCAACAAUAUCCACCACUCAAUCUCAAUCAAUCACCUCCUCAAACUAUUCCAACAUUGAGAUCAACUCGGCGAUUUAUAACGAACAAGUGAAUGAAUAUAUCAACGAACGUGACAAUGCUGCUGAUGCAAGGCCAUUUACUCGUAAUUGGGCAAGACUGAUCGCAUACGUUCGUGCUCUCAUUCCUGCUUGUCAUGAGGCGUACAAAAACAACGAGAGCAAGUGCGAAAGCCAACGUAAUGAGCUCAAGAAGGCCCUGCACAGUCUAUUCGGUGACAGUACGACUAAACAUACUCAGAGUCAUCCCAUAAUUGACUACAAAAAACGCUGGGGUAUACCGACUAUUCUGUCCCUCGCUGGUGGUGGUGAGAGUUCACUCAACACCGGUGGUGGUACUAAUUGGGGCUCAGCUCAAGCAACAACACCAAAUAACAAUAAUCCCAAUUCAUCGGGCUGGGGUGGUACGCCUGGUAAUGCCCCACCACCGUCAUCAAACUGGGGUACAACCAAUGUUAAUCGUCCAGUGACUGGUAAUCCAAAUCAAAAUCAGAAUCAAGGACCACCGGGAAAUCAAACAAACUCAUCAGCUGUGAAUAAAACUAACAAUCCAAAUGUAGCAUCCAACUCGCAGACUGGACCGCCAACAUCUCAGCCAGCCAAUCCAACUCAACAAAAUCCAAAUGGCCCUUGGCCCCAGGGAAAACCCAACCCCUCAGUAGGACCAGGAUCUAAUCAACCAGCUUCUAAUAACAACGGAAACAACGUCCAGCAGCCACCGUCAUCGGGUGGCCCACCGGGUGCCAAUGGCAAUAACAAUCAGGCAAAUUCCCCACAGAGCAGUGCUGCAUCGACAAACAGCAGCAGUGGCACAACCCCACCAACCUUGCCUCCGAAUUCAUCAACGAAACUACAAUUGGAGCAACUCAAUACCAUGAGAGAAGCUCUUUUCAGUCAGGACGGCUGGGGUUGCCAGCAUGUAAAUCAAGACACCAAUUGGGACGUGCCUGCAUCGCCAGAGCCAAUCAUGAAUAAAGACGGUGUUCCCAUGUGGAAGCCACCUGUGAACAAUGGUACUGAUCUGUGGGAAGCCAAUCUGCGCAAUGGAGGCCAGCCGCCACCACCGCAACAGGCCAAAACACCUUGGGGUCACACGCCAUCCACAAAUAUCGGUGGUACAUGGGGGGAGGACGACGAGGCAGCUGAUUCCUCAAACAUGUGGACAGGUGCACCAACACCGACUCAACCCAACACUCCUCAGUGGGCAGGUGCCACUGGCAAUCAGACGGGAUCGAGCUGGGGAGAUCCAAGGAUUGAUCCUCGUGAUCCCCGAGACAUCAGAUCAGUUGAUCCACGAGAAAUGCGUGACCCACGCGAUCACCGCAUGUCAAUGGAUCCCAGGGAGCACUUACGCCCCAUGGACCCCAUGGCACGCGAUCCCAGAAUGGCGGAUAUGCGUGGAGACAUUCGUGGUGGGGUUUCCGGACGUUUGAAUGGGGCAAGUGCUGAUGCAAUGUGGGGACAGCCACCGGGACCACCGCAUCAUCAGAUGGGUCAUCAGCAUCCUUCGGGACCACCUACCAAGAUGAUCAAUCCAUCGAGUAUGAAUCAGUGGGCAGCACCACCACCCAAGGAGAUGAUGCCUGGCAAGCCCUCAGGGUGGGAGGAGCCCUCACCACCCGCUCAGCGCAGAAAUGUACCCAAUUACGACGAUGGCACGAGCCUCUGGGGGAAUCCAGCUGCUAAUCAGCGCCCAAUGACUGGCAGCAAAGUGUCCCACUGGAAGGAUCUCCCUUCUCAGAAUUUGGGAAGGGGAGGAAUGCAGUGCCCGCCUGGAAUGCCGCAGAAUCGCAUGCCUGGUCAGCCGAUGAAACCCGACGUUGGGGGACCCAUGUGGGGACAUCCAGGGGCACCUGGCGGCCGCAAUGGCUCGUGGGGUGAGGCACCGCACGAGACUACCAACUGGGAUGAGCCUAAAACUCCAGCCUCGUGGAACGAACCACCAAUCAAUCCUGCUUCCUGGGGUGGACCCAGUGGCCACAAGCCUAAGGCCAUGGGACCUUCGGGGAGCUGGGGGGAGACUGACAUGGAGCCACCCAGUUGGGGACAUCCUAGCAAACCAGCACUCACCAAGGAAGUCAUUUGGAACAGCAGGGAGUUCCGUUAUCUGUGCGAUUUGGGAUACAAGAAGGAAGAUGUAGAAACAGCCCUGAGAAAACGCGAAAUGAAUCGCGACGAGGCCCAGGAGCUCCUGCAAAUACGUUCACUGGACUGGCGUCGGCAUGAUGCACCCUCCGGUUACGAUCCAACCAAUCCAUCACCCAUGUCCGGUGCAUAUCCAAAAUUCAGUCACGUAGCCCAGCAAAUGUCUUUCCCACAGGGCGAGUGCCUGGGUGUGCGGCCUAGCGGGGCAGCGACUGGCAGCGUAAGUGGUUCGGUGGCCAGCGCCAGCCUCUUGAAGCUCCAGCAGCAGCAACAGCAACAGGCAGCAGUGCAAAUGCAACCACCACAACAGCCAAACGCCAAUCCUCCGCAGCCGCCCUUUAACCAGGCAUCGAGAACACCCCAGAAUCCCCCGAGCACGCAGCAACUACGAAUGCUCGUCCAGCAGAUUCAACUGGCCGUCCAGGAGGGCUAUCUUAACCAGCAGAUAUUGAAUCAACCCCUGGCCCCACCCACCCUGAUUCUCCUGAAUCAAUUGCUCCAACAAAUCAAAGUUCUCCAGCAACUACUCCAGCAGCACUCGGUCCAGAGUUCACUGAAAGGCAACAGCCAGACUGUUCUACAAAUAAGUGUUCAGAUAACAAAGACGAAGCAACAAAUUGCCAAUCUUCAGAAUCAAAUAGCUGUACAACAGGCAACGUACAUGAAACAACAGGCACAACAGCAACAGCAGCAUCCUAUACCUUCCCAAUCGUCCGAUUAUUACAAGACCUCUGUGCAUGAUCCAAUGUCAGCUAUUCAGAACAGUUUUAGCGAUUUGACGAUGAACAAGGAGCCACCAGUCAGCCAGCAACAAUCGAGAUUGAAUCAGUGGAAGCUUCCCUCGCUCGACAAAGACGUUGACAUAACUGGAAAUGAAUUUUCACGUGCACCAGGAACAACGAGCAAGCCACCACAGACCCCAGGUGGUUUGACUCACACUCACAGCAGUCCAAAUAUGAAUCCACUGCUGGGACAGGCAGAUGGCACAUGGUCAACGAGACUCGGUGACAGUGGUUGGCCAGAUGCUGGUAACAGUGACGCAACUGAUGGAAAGGAUUGGCAGCCAGGCAGUGCUGCAUUCACUGAUCUAGUCCCAGAAUUCGAGCCUGGCAAACCAUGGAAGGGCACUCAGAUGAAGAAUAUCGAGGACGAUCCCAGUAUUACUCCAGGCUCUGUAGUGAGAUCAUUGUCACUAGCUGCCAUCAAGGAUCCUGAUACCAUAUUCUCGUCGAGCUCCAAGACAUCACCACCACCUCAGGCGCAAAAUGUUGAUACUUCAAUUCCUAGUCUGAGUAACUCUACGUGGAGUUUCAAUCCACCUGCAACUACACCCAGCGCAUUCUCAAGCUCUAAAAAUACCUGGACAGACUCAGCACCACCCCCAACAGCAGUGACAUCAGAACUCUGGGGUGCUCCAAUGAACAAAGCUCGUCAGGGUCCACCACCUGGUCUCAGCAGCAAAGGUGUAGGCGGCAAUACCAGUAAUGGCUGGGCUGGACUGGGUGGAGUUAGUCGGUCUUCCAGUUCAUGGGGCAUCCAAUCCGCUGGUGGAGGCGCCGGUGGUGGUGGAGGUGGCAGCAAUGCCGGAUGGCUUGUUGGUGGAACUUGGCUAUUGCUCAAGAAUUUGACACCCCAAAUCGAUGGCUCGACGUUGAAAACACUGUGUAUGCAACACGGGCCUGUUCAAGAUUUUCGUCUGUACCUGAAUCAUGGAAUUGCCCUCACUAAAUACUCCUCACGGGAUGAGUCUAGCAAGGCUCAAGGAGCCCUGAAUAAUUGUGUCCUCGGUAACACGACAAUAUUCGCCGAGUCUCCAGCAGACAGCGAGGUGCACACCCUCCUCCAGCAGCUGAGUCACGGUGGCCAACAGCAGACCGGCAGCUCCGGUGGCACUGGCUGGGGUCUCCGGCCCUCCAACAAGGCAGGACCACCACCCGACACCUGGGGCGGCAGUUCCAGUCAACUCUGGGGCGCUCCACCCACCACAAACUCCCUCUGGAGCAACACUGGAAUUGACAGCGGUGAAGCACAAAGGACAACACCAAGCUCCCUCAACUCGUACUUACCCGGAGAUCUUCUGGGAGGUGAGUCGAUGUAGAGAGGAAAAACGGGGCAUCGAGUCCAACGGCCCAUCACGUAUAGCCAAUGUUGAUUGGCUCUUGACGAAAAAACCAUCAGCGUCAAUAAUCAAUCUUCAUCGAUCGUUAGAAAAAUAAUGAAACUAAAGUUCGAGCUCGUCAACGCCAGCAACUUGUUUCGUCCUAAUUUAUCUUCCUGAUUUUAUUUAGCCUUCGUAAUAGAGACGACAAAAUAAUACAAUAAACUGAGUAAAUAAUCGCCUACUUAUCGAAAUCACCUAGGUAUUUCAAUGAAAAUGAAAAAAUAAAAAUGGCAGCGCGACAUCCGAGCACACAUUGACGCUAGAAGUUGAAUGAUUAUAAAUGUCGAUUGAGUCUUCUCGAAAAUGUCAAUUAACGUUAAUGAUAAUAAUGAUUAUCGGAACGAGUUACUUAACAAAAAGACAAACAAAAAAUUAAUUUAUAAAUUUAACAAAGAAACAAACAAAAAUUCUCGUGUCCGUAUGGUCACAAAGAAUGGAAGAACAGCCAAACGAUCUUACUGCGAUAAACCAACAAAUGAUAAAAAAAAAAACAAAGCAACACUAAAUUAAACUGAGAGACAUAAUGUUUCAAGUAAAGAUACGAAAAAUAAAGUUUAAUAAUUUGAUAAAUCCGAUCGGUUAUCUCGGAGACCAUCGAAUCGGGUUCAAGUGCGCAUGAACGUCAACCCACCCUCCCCCCUUACCCCCCAACUCCAAUGAAAGCUCUCUGUCACACCUCAAACACAGAUAAUUGUGCGUUGAGCUAGGAUUUUUAUCAACAAAGGUUUUGACGCUGAAUUACGGAAUUAUGAUGAAAGAUAAGGGAAUAAAACGAGCAAAAACCACUUCAUUACCUCAAUUCUUGUAACUCUUACGCACAAUCAUGUGAAUGUGUUACACGACGAUAAUUUUCAAAACGAAGUAAGAGAACAAUUAUUUCAGUAAAAAAUUUAAAAACUUGUAUUUCAACUCAAAUUCCGUAAUUCACUCUGAAUCGAUGCAGAAUAAGAGCGAAACAAAUACACAAAUAAUUUAAAAAAAAAAAAGUAAAGUAAACCCAAGGCCAAAGGUCUCUGAUCGUGUCGGGGAGUGUUCCAUUUUUUGCUGGACAGUUUGAAGACUGCAGCGAGUAUCAAACUUAGACUGUACCAAUCUAAUCAAAAGAAUGAAAUCUUAAAAAAAGUAAUGAAAAAAUAAAAAAUAAAGCAUUGACGUCGCUGCCCGCCGUCCUGUCGAGGGUUAAGUGGGAAAAUAUGUAGAACGAAUAUCGCAAAAUACUGAAAAUCAAGGAAAAAAAAACAAAAAAAUACGGGCUGGCCGGGCAACGACACAACGAUACCAAAUGUUAUCGCAAUAACGUAAAUUUUAUUCUAUAUUAAAUCUAAAUGCCACCUGUCGUGCCAAUGUCCAGUGUGUCUCUGUACCAUUUAUUAAUGUAGAGUUUAAAAAAACGAUUGAUGAGGCGAAAAAAAACGAGAAAACGAAAAAAAAAACAAAACUUAUUAUAAAUAGUAUAAUUAAUAAUUAAAUAAAGAUAUCGCGUGAGGGAGAUGAGAAGAGGAAAAAACAAAAUCACAUUUUAAUUCGAGUCAAGUCGUGGUGGCAUUAAGUACUGGCCGGUAUUAGCGUUAUGCCUCCUUGUGAUAACGAAUAACUGCGGGGAACGGACGGGGAUGGGCCAAUUUUCACUGCAACUGUCUCGUUAACGACCGUUUUCUCGUGAACAAAAUGAAAAGAAAGAAAUUUUUAAUUAAACGAAAAAAAAAGUGAAAAAAAACGUUGUUUAAAGUUUAAAAGAGACAAAUUGAAGAUGAAUGAAAAAGAAAACUCGUGAGGGCUAUGAGACGACCGAGGAAGAGUCGUUAGCAUGAACAAGUUUUUUUUUCCAACGUCGAAGGUACCUGAUGGACUGAGAACCAAACGACGACCGAGCAAAAAGAAAAAAAAAUGGAUAGUACCCUUUUUUUCCAUUUCACUGCGAGCUUUUUCCUUUAAUGAUCGACAAUGGGAAGCGACCGGCACCGCGUAGCGCAAUAAUCCAGGAUGAUUGAUUAUGAAGAUUAAAAACGUGAAGAUAAAUGCAACGUUAAACCCAACAAUCAACAUUAACCGAGAGGAGGUAAAUAAAAUAACAUAUAAAAACGGGAGAAACAAUCUUGACGGGAGAAUGGGAAUUUGCGCGAAUAAAUUAACGGGCCACGGACAUUACGAGAGUGAAUAAACAUCGCGCUAUUAUACAUUUUUGAGAGUGACCCACUGAGCUAGGAGAGAAACUUCAUAAGUAUAAAGUUAACUGUAAACCUCGGAAUAUCUAUAAGCGAAUUUUAAUGUUUAAGAAUUGAGAGAUAGAAACAUUCAUGAUAAUAGCAAGUUGUAAGAUGUCUGGAGAAUAGAGUGACUGGGGGAGAAAGAUUAUAUGAUGUGGGAGGGUUUUUUUUUUUGGGGGGGGGGAUG